CGUGUUUGCCUUCCCGGAAAUCUAACGCUACUGACAACGUCUUGGGAGAAUCCACUGAAGCCUUUGCUCCCGGCCCUGGUUUUCCCCUUCCUUCUUUUGUCAUCAAUCCGUGACCCGGGGGUUGUGUCAUUCCCGACUCUCCCUGUGCGGCUGUCACCAGCCCGGCUAAACAUAUGAGUGUUUCACUAGUUGUCAUCCGACUGGAGCUUGCGGAUCAUUCUCGCUUCCCAGUGGGCUUUCAGUAUUGUGCUGCCACUGAAAUGUCUGAUGAAGAAGUCAAAGAAAAUACAUUGCAUGUUGCAGCAACUUACUUGGAAGGGAAGUUGCCAGUGGAUAAGACUGCAAUUCUGCACCAACACAUUGGAAGGAGAGAAAUGACGGACAUGAUAAUAGAGACACUAGGCCCCAGCCCAGAUGUUAAGGUGAGUUCUACUGAGAAAAUGGAUGAACCACUGGCAGUUACCAAUAAGGCCAGUAUGGAUGAACAGGGUAUCUGUGCAAUGGCAGUUCCUGAUUCACCCUCUAAACAACUACCUGAACAGAUCACUUUCUUCAGCGGAAAUCCUUCAGUGGAAAUAGUUCAUGGUAUUAUGCACCUGUAUAAAACAAAUAAGAUGACAUCACUAAAAGAAGAUGUCCGACGUAGUGCCAUGCUGUGUAUACUCACUGUACCGGCUACCAUGACCAGUCAUGACCUUAUGAAAUUUGUAGCAUCAUUUAAUGAAGUAAUAGAGCAUAUGAAAAUCAUCCGGGACUCCACUCCAAAUCAGUAUAUGGUUUUGAUAAAAUUUAGUUCCCAGGCUGAUGCUGACAGUUUUUACAUGGCAAAUAAUGGUCGCCAAUUUAAUUCUAUUGAAGAAGAUGUUUGCCAGCUAGUUUAUGUAGAAAGAGCAGAGGUGCUGAAAUCUGAAGACGGUGCCAGCCUCCCAGUAAUGGAUUUGACUGAGCUUCCAAAAUGCACCGUGUGCUUGGAGCGGAUGGAUGAAUCAGUGAAUGGAAUUCUGACAACACUUUGCAACCACAGCUUUCAUAGCCAGUGUUUGCAACGUUGGGAGGACACCACAUGCCCUGUGUGUAGAUACUGCCAAACUCCCGAGCCAGUAGAGGAAAACAAAUGCUUUGAAUGUGGUGUUCAGGAAAACCUCUGGAUCUGUCUAAUCUGUGGCCACAUUGGAUGUGGAAGAUAUGUAAGUAGGCAUGCAUAUAAGCACUUUGAAGAAACACAACACACCUAUGCAAUGCAGCUGACAAAUCAUAGAGUCUGGGAUUAUGCAGGAGAUAAUUAUGUCCAUCGAUUGGUUGCAAGCAAAACAGAUGGCAAAAUUGUUCAGUAUGAAUGUGAAGGAGACACCUGCCAGGAUGAAAAGAUUGAUUCUCUACAGCUAGAAUACUCGUACCUUCUCACCAGUCAGCUGGAAUCACAACGUAUUUACUGGGAGAACAAAAUUGUGCGCCUGGAAAAAGAUACAGCAGAAGAGAUUAAUAACAUGAAGGCAAAGUUUAAGGAGACCAUAGAUAAGUGUGACAGCCUGGAGCAUAGACUUAAUGACCUGAGCAAAGAGAAACAAGCUGUGGAAAGAAGGUGUGCCCAGUUGAACAGUAAAGUGGCCAAGCUCUCCACUGAGCUGAAAGAAGAGCAAGAAAUGAACAAGUGCCUUAGGGCCAAUCAAACCAUGCUGCAAUCCAGGCUUCGAGAAGAGGAAAUAAUGCGCAAGGAAACCUGCGAGCAGAAGGACGUGCAGCUCUUAGAAAUGCAGGAGCAACUGAGAGAUGUAAUGUUUUACUUGGAAACACAGCAAAAAAUAAACCAUAUGCCUGCAGACACUCGACAGGAGAUACAGGAUGGCCAGAUCAACAUAGCAUCCCCCAGUUCUCCUGCUGCUUCCGGAAAGCUCUCAUCUCGGAAGGGGCGUGGAAAAAGGGGCAAAUAAGUUGUCUUUUAUCCCUUUGUUAUGUAUCGUCUUAAGGGUUCUUCUGUCACAGUUUUGACUUUAAAAUAUUUUCCUGAGACAGAAUUUAGGCUGUUCAGGUAGGAAUUCUUCCAUUUUCUGCUGGAGAUUUAAGAGCUUCUGGCAUUAUUUAUUUCAGCUAUCAAGCACUAGUAGGUACAAUAUGGUUUAUUUUCAGACCUCUUCCAUGAUUUGUUUGUGAACUUGUUCAGAAACAAUUUAGCCGUACAACUGUCAGUAAAACCAGUACAAAAAGACUUGAAAAGCAAGAGGCCAAAUAUAUAACUUUCUGCUGUUGAGCUUAGCCAGAUAUGGUCUGUUUUAUGAAUAUUUGUGUGGAAAGAUCUAAACUAGCUUAUUGCUUACUUACUAGUGGCUAUUGUUAUGGUGAAUAAUAUACCUACAGAGUAACUAAAGCACUGGGAGAUUUUGGCACCAUAUUAGCCUACCAUAUGUUUGGAGCUUAGGUACCUUUGGGAUUGUUGUUCAGAUUCCUAAAUAUAUUGCCAUUUCUGCAUAGAGCUGUGUAUGUGCUGGUGUAUGAAUGUAAGUAUACAUCAGUUGUACACAUAAAUAUGGCAACAACUUCUUUCUGGACUGUAGCUGCCAUUGAAGCAUCACUGAAGCCUAUUUAUAUUGUCUAGUCAAAGACACAAAUUCACUAUGCACAUGACAUCCCAGCUGCCUUUACUGGAGUAAUCCACCCUGCACAGUCCCUAUUUCUUCUUUCCAAAACUGGAACCAGCUAUCACUGUGUAGCAAACAAGCACAACUGCAACAUGGCAUACCAAAAAGUUUCAAUAAGUAAAUGCAAGCAGAAAGUUAGUGUGACAAGUAGUUAUAGAGUCCUCCAUUAUUUAUGUUUGCUGUAACACUAUAUUAGGGGGUAAGUCUGUUCCAACUGAUCCCUGUUCAGCUUUGCUACUAUGCUUGCUUGUUUGCUAUAUCACAUGUCUUGGCUAAUCCUUAUGGUGUUUUAUACAGCUAUAAUAAGGGACUGUACCAUGUAUAAUGGCUUCAUUAUCCUAUUUAUUUAUUUGAUUUAAAAGUUUUGUUGGGUUAUAAAACCCUUUUAAUGUAUGGCAUUUCUUCAGCUAUUAAAGGACCAGUAAUACCAAAAAAGUUAAAAAGAUUUCUAUAAAUUCAGGUAUUAUCUUUUGCAUAUUUAUUACCUGCAAAUAUCAUUUUUUUGCAUUGCUCUUUUAGUAGUUAUGUUUUCUCCCUUUAGAGUAAUGACACAUUUUGACACUCUUGCAGGUGGCAAACUGCUGGAAAAAAGGGUAUUUUACAGUAUUUUGCCAAUCGUGUACUAGAGAGCUUAAGAGCAGCAAAACACCAAGUGCCGAAACCCUAAGUUGUAAUUAAAUACUAAAAGUUAUUGCACUGUAAUCAGAAAAUAACUUAUAGGAUACUGUAUGUAUCUCUAAAAAAAUUUUUCAUUAUCCAUAAAAAACCUUACCACUUAUGGUGCUAUCUGCUAUCAAACAA